AUAUAUAUAUUGGACAGUCGCCUCGUCGCCCCCCAAGCCAGUAUAUGUCAGUUCCACGUUUUUCCAUUAGGCGGCGAUCACCGCUAUCAGUCGGAAUUGUGGAGGCCAGGACAGUGACGAGUCUUGCGAGGCUGCUGUGCAUGGCUCACUCAGUACCACUUGUCGUCAGUGUGUCUACUCCAGCGUGAACAGAGACGACAGUGGGGACGAUUUGGCCACGACAGGAUCUUAUUUCGUGAUCCCAGAUCAUGACAGCCCAGAGAUCCAAUAAGAACACAGUCAGACGUACCUCGUCGGCUUCUGACGACUCACUUCCAUCUAUCCUAGACUAUUCCACAGCUUCUUUGACUCAAGUUCCCCACUCUCCCUUGUCCGACUUUGAACACUUGUCCCAACCUUCCUCCAUGUCAUCCAGCUCAUCAGACAGGCCAAAGGCCAAGCUACUCUACUGCAAAUCUCAUAUUGCCAUUCAUCCGACACAAUUCAACAAAGAUAAUGUGUCUGGCUAUCUCGGCAUUGUCGAGACUCGAGGUCAUGCCGUUCAGACUGAUUCGGAAGGAGGCGUUAGGUCACCGUCAACCACUAGCACGGAGCUGCUUGUCACUUGGGUCCCAGAUGAGUUACUGAACAAGAUGGACAAAGAGGAUAGAGAGGGAUACAAGCGCGUCGAUGCUCGAAUCAGUGAGGAGGCGACUGAAAAUGAGAAAUAUGACGAAGACUUUGUCUUUGUAUCGGUCCCACCAGCCAGGGGCGAGAAGUACGCCUUCUCAGUACCCCUAUCAGGAAUUUACAGCAUCUUGGUGUAUCCUCCAAGUCUCUCUCAUUGGUACGGAUCCGCUACACUUAAUUUGGCCGGAGGCAUCUCUUUGCCGACUCUAUUCUUCCACGAUGACGAGUCACCAAUGCUGGCUUCAACUUCAUACACCAAAACUAAUCCUUCCCGCCCUAUCGGUCGACCGCAAUGGGGAUUCCCAUCCUUCCUACACCUGCUGCAGACUCGAGCUACUCUGCUCAAAUCAAGACUGGUCUCUGGACACGCCAAUCAUAAUGCUGAAUUAUGGCUCAUCAAUCCGUCAAAGUCGGAUCGAGAAGUGCACGAGGCGGGUGUCUCGAGUGAUGCCCUUCCGUCUCGCCACGCCGAGGGCAAGAUCCCAGAACAGGCUUACCCUCCUCCGAAGGGAGGCUUUCCAGACGCCAAGGCGGUCAUCGGAAACGACACAACUCCAAAGCAAGCGCUCCUGAGCGGUCUUUCUCAGAUCACUCGGUUCUCGCGCAAGACGGCCAACCAGAUCACUCAACAGGUCCUGUCUCACCCUCUCGCACAGGAAGUGGUACCGCGUUUGCCGCCUGCAGUCAGGUCACUUGUAAAUGCGCACGGUGAAUGGGAACGCUCGGGACGCCUGCCGCCAAAGAAUGGCAAAAAUGAUGUGGUGACGGAAUUUGAGUCUGCCAGACUCUACCUUGCACGAUGGGCUCGGGUCGUUGCCGAAGAGGGUGAACGAUCUAGACGCGAAGAAGUAGCGGGAAAAGCUGGUCUAGGGAAAGACGAUUCUGCAGUGGAUGACCUCACUUCAUCCCUUGGCGUAUUCUCCAUUCUAUCCUCGCCGAAUUCUAAGCGACCAGUGCCUCACUCCACGAGGAGACCCCAUCAUCCCAUCACGAGUCACGACUGGGACACCUUUGCAGCUCAGGGCCGAGACGAGCUUUGGAUCCGACGGGAGAUCUUCCAACGUGGCUUUACCGAUUCACCGGAGCCCGAUCAGAAGCGCGCCCGAAGGGAAGGCUGGGAAGUAUUAUUGGGGAUCGUGCCAUGGUCAUUAGGUGGGUUGGGCGGUUUGGAAGCGGACAGACAGAAACGACAAGAGGCAAGACAGAAGAAGAGGGAGGAUAAUCGGGCAGAGUACGAGAGAUUGAAGAGCAAAUGGCAGAAGGAGACCGCAGAGCAAGAGACGGAAGAGUGGAAGGAAGAGUGGCACCGCAUUGAUGUCGACUGCAGACGGACAGAUCGAACUCAGCCUAUAUUUGCCAUACCUGCCGAGGCCAUGGCUAAAGGUCAAAGCGAGAUUGAGGAAGUAGGACCGUCUUCUGCUUUUGAUGAUACGAUUGAGAGCGAUGGCAGACAAGCGUUGCUCAACCCUCACGUUGCCGCACUCCGUACCAUCCUGAUGACUUACCACUCAUAUCAUCCAGACCUUGGCUACGUGCAAGGCAUGUCAGAUCUCCUAUCUCCCAUCUAUGUUGUCCUGGAAGCCAACGAGGCCGAUGCCUUCUGGGGACUCGUGGGAGUCAUGAAGAUGAUGGAGACAAAUUUUCUGCGAGACCAAAGUGGGAUGCGUAUGCAGCUAUCAACACUUCAGCAACUCAUUGGCGUCAUGGAUCCAGAGCUGUACUCACAUCUAGAGAGAACAGGCUCGUUGAACCUCUUCUUCUGCUACCGAUGGGUGCUUAUCGCUUUCAAACGAGAAUUCAAAUUUGAGGAUGUCAUCAGACUCUGGGACGUGCUCUGGACUGACUUCUAUUCGACCCACUUUGUCCUCUUCAUAGCACUCGCCAUCCUCCAGUCUCAUCGAGAUGUCAUACUGAGGUAUCUAACAGAAUUUGACGAGGUCCUCAAGUAUGCAAACAACCUCUCUGGGACGAUUGAGCUUGACUCGACGUUGGCUCAAGCGGAAGUCUUAUUCCUCUCUUUCAAGAACCUCGUGGAAGAACUAGAUAAAGGCAUUGCAGAGGCGGAAGGAGAAGCAGGUGACUCAGGUUCAUCGGUCGACUUGCGGAAACGUGCAAAUGCGUCAUCCGUCGCAGGAGUUCAAGAGCAGUCCGAUGAGGACAAGGAGCGACUUGCCAACAUUGAGAGAGAUAAACAGAUUCUCACUCCUCAAUUAAGAGACUUACUAGAUAGCUGGAAAGAGGAUGGCAAGAGGUUGUAGAUGCGUUUGUUUGUACUCGACGCUUCAUAGACACGCAAUUGUGAAUAUAUAUCGUUGUCAUUUGGA